AUGGAAAAUAAUGCAAGUUUUGACAAAUUGAAAGGAGUAUGUCGUAAAUAUGAAGAAGCCUCAAAAUUAAACGUUGAAAAAGUGAUGACAGAGCACGCAGAUCGCUCUAAUCGAACGUACAAGUUUUUUCUUGACAAGGGUUUAUCAGAAGACGACGCUCGAGCAUCAGCAUUCGCUAUCGCAUUUUAUACCGGUUCAAGAAGUGAAGCAUGUAGUCGAGGUGCCAGUCUUGUUGCUCGUCGUGGUAAUGGCAUAGUUGUCGAGCAGAGAACAGCAGAAGAAAUGAAGGAAGCAUCGAUUAUUUUGUACUAUUUAGUUAAAGGUCUUGCGAAUAUUCCUUAUUAUUGGGGCUAUGUUACGCGGGCAUGUCAACUCAAAGAUCAUGAGUUGACCAUGUAUACGCCUGGCGCUUUGAUCACAUGGCUCCAAUUUAGUAGUUCGAAAAGAGGUAAACAAGUCGCUGAAGGAGGUGGUUUUGAAAACCGUAAUACACAAUUCAAAAUUUAUUCACUUACCGGCCGUCGCAUUCAAUACUUUUCCAAUUAUGACCACGAAGACGAGGUAUUAUUCUUACCUCAUUCAACAUUUUUUGUUUUCAAACACGCGAUUACUCAUCAUGGAGCACAACACACGAUCUAUAUGCGACAGGUUGAAUUGGGUGUUUCGACAUGGUCGGUGCUUUGGGUUGACGAUCGCAUAUUUGUUGAAGAUUGGGAGAAUAAAGCUCAUAUGGAAUAUGCAGCUGCAAAGGCGAUGAAUAUGAAUGUACAUUUUAUUCCUAAAUCAUGUACUGAAUAUGCAAUUUCAUUUCUUAAAUCACCGUUUGGACAGCGUCUGAAAAACAAAAAUACAUUUCGUAUUGUUACCGAUAUGAAUCGUGAAAACGAGCGGCCUGUACAUAAUGCAGGAGCACGCUUAAUAAAAAAAGUAAGGCAGCUUGGAUUUCGUAAUCAAUGCAUGGUAUUUACAAGUAAUAAGGAAAAGGGGGACGAAAUUAUGCGCAAGGAACUAAGUGCCGACGAAAUAAAAGGCACUAUUAUAACAAUAAACACAAGCGAUUUGCGACGUUUCGUCAAUUUUCAGUGA